UUCCGUCCUUUGUGGUUUAGAGCUUAUCGUUAUUUGCAGCUGGAUAUUAUGACCGCUGAUGACCCAUUAAUUUUGAACGAUAUAUAUGGGAUGAAAACAGGCUAUCCGCUUAAAAUGAAUGCAUCAUUUUCCAGCAAUGAUCCUUCAUUACAGGAAAUAUGGAAGGCAGGCUGGCGUACAGCACAACUUUGUGCUGGAGAUCUGUAUUAUGAUACACCCUAUUAUGAACAAUUACAAUAUACAGGCGAUAGCCGUAUACAAGCCUUAAUCUCUCUUUAUACCUCUGGCGAUGACAGACUGAUGCGGAAAGCGAUUCUGGAUUUUUAUCAUUCCCGCACUCCCGAGGGCUUAACACAGGGGCGUUAUCCGAGUAACAGAUUACAAAUCAUUCCGACCUUCUCUUUAUUUUGGAUAUCUAUGAUCCAUGAUUAUUGGAUGCAUCGGCAUGAUGAUGCCUUUUGUCAAACAAUUUCUCCCGGCUAUCAAUGAGACGCUGGAAUGGUUUCAUACCCGUGUUGAUCAAAAGAAAAAAUGUUAGGCCCACUCACGUGGUGGAAUUUUGUAGACUGGGAUAAUUUCAAUGACUGGGGCACCGCACCGGGAGCAGAUCAGGGAAAUUCAUCUAUCAUCACUUUACAAUAUGCCUAUACCUUGAAUCAAGCUGCAGAGCUAUUCAGAGCUUUUGACCACCCUGCACAGGCAGAUGAUCAGGAAAUGCUUGCAUUGGAAUUGAAUGAUCAUACCUAUUGGUAUUGUUAUAAUCAAACAAAUGGUUUGAUUGCUGAUACUCCCGAAAAACUAACCUAUAGUCAGCAUGCUGGCAUUUGGGCUGUUCUAAGUAGAGGUGUUACACUACAGGAGGCACAAAUUAUGAUGAGAAAGAUUCUGAAUGAUAAAUCAAUAGGUAAGGUUACUUUUUUUUAUCGAUUUUACCUUACACAGGCUUUAAAAAAGGCUGAAAUGGGAGAUUUAUAUUAUCAGGAGCUCGGACCAUGGAGAGCUAUGCUGAAAAUGGGAUUAACAACUUUCGCAGAAAAGCCGGAGCCUACAAGGUCUGAUUGCCAUGCCUGGAGUGCAAGUCCGGAUUAUGAUUUUCUGGCUACGAUUUGCGGUAUCAUGCCUGAAACCCCAGGCUUUAAAACAGUAUUAAUUAAACCUUCCCUAGGUAAAUUAAACGAAGUU